CAACAACAGAGUAUGCUGGCUAUAGAGCAGCCAAAGAAAAAGAAAAAUUAUUUGUUUUUUCUGACUGCAUUAAUUCUCAGCAUUGAACAGUAUUAAUACAUCUAUGGUGUUAUGCAUCUGUCCAUAUGAAUAGAAUUUUAUUUUAUUUUCUAAAAAUUGAAAAACUUUCAUGUACAAUCAUAAUACUGUUAUCCAGAAAAAUAUUCCACCCAAACAUUCGAUACAAUAAACGCCGACAAUCAAUAAAUAAUGGCUUCGAUGCCAUCCACAACGCUCGACAAUUAUCUUCCAUUACUUUCGAGCCAAGAUACAAAGAAAAAAUUACAAAUCGGUACCGAUCUACUCAACUAUUUAACCAUCGAAGAAAAUUCAAUAGAAUGUGAACAUAUUGGUGCAUUUAUUGAUUCAAUAAUACAUUGGUUAAAUAAUAGUAAUUUUAAGGUUGCUCAAAAUGGUUUGGAAAUCUUGGCACAUUUGGCCAUUCGUAUGAAAGAGAAUUUAAAACCAUAUUUAUCAUCAAUUAUCGGACCGUCUAUUGAUCGUCUUGGCGAUGCAAAAGAAUGUGUACGUGAACAAGCGAAAACUUUGCUCAUCAAAUUGAUGAGUUUUGUUUCGACACCUCAGAUAAUAUUGGAAAAAUUAAUGCCAGCAUUUUCACAUAAAAACUACAAAGUUCGUGAAGAAAUUUGUCUAUUUUUUCAAGAAUGUCUUUUACGUUAUGGUGUAUUCGGAUCGACUAACGGCCAACUAUAUGUGUCAAAAUUUAUUGCACCAUUAAUAAAUCUAAUGUCGGAUCCAAAUUCUCAAGUACGUGAUACAUCGAUGACAACAUUGGUCUCCGUAUACAAACAUGUUGGCGAUCGAUUACGUAACGAAAUAAUGCGAAAAUAUUCGAAUCAGAUGCCCGCACAAAAGUUACAAACAUUAUUGGCUAAAUUUGAAGAAAUUGCUAACGCAGGCGAAUCUAUUACAUUGAUCAGCAACAACAAUAAUUGUGGCAGCAAAGCUGCAGUAGUAUCAAAAAAUCGUUCAAAUUUAACAUCUUCACCAAAUUCGACAAUUACUAAUACAAAUAAUAAUAAUAUUAAUGAUUCAGCCAACAAUGAUGAAGUCGAUUUCAAGAAAGUCAAUUCAUUCAAAAGGGCAACGUCGGCACCGCCGGUCAAAAGAAAUGCUAUCCUCAAUAAAUUACCACCAAGCAAUUCAAAAUCAUCGGGUGCUGCUGAUGAAGAAAUGUUUAUGAAUGCAUUCGAAGAUGUUUCUAGAAUACAGAUAUUUUCUGUCAAAGAUUUGGAACAAGAAUUGAAUCGAAUACGUGAUACAUGUUCGAAUCCAAAUACGGAAUGGGAGAAACGUAUCGAAUGUUUAAGAAAAUUUCGCUCACUAUUAAUUGCUGGCGCAGCCGAUUAUGAAGAAUUUUAUCAGUAUCUUAAACCUCUCGAAGUGCCAUUUCAAACAUCAGUCAAGGAUCUAAGAUCGCAGGUCGUUCGAGAGGCUUGUAUAUCAAUCGCCUAUUUGUCUCAGCGCAUCGGAAACAAAUGUGAUAGAUUUGCCGAAGCACUGCUUCCAUCUUUGAUCGAUUCGAUACAAAACAGUGCCAAAAUUAUGUCAAGCUCAGCAGUGGUUGCUAUCCGCUUUGUCAUUCAGCAUACCCAUACAAGUCGAUUAGUUCCAAUAAUUACUUACAAUGUAUCUUCGAAAUCAAAAGAAAUCCGCAAAGCAUGCUGCGAGUUUCUUGAUCAACUAUUACAUACAUGGCCACCUAAUUGUCUAGAGAGACAUGUUGGAACUCUCAGUGAAGCAAUCAAAAAAGGAAUGAGCGAUGCUGAUCCAGAAGCACGAGCAUUGGCGAGAAAAGCAUUCUGGGGAUUUGCCGAUAAAUUCAAGGCCGAAUCUGAUUAUUUGCUUAGUUCAUUAGAUUCUAGUAAACAAAGAAUGUUACAAGGUGAACAAAUGUCCAAUUGGAGUUCGACAAAUUCUCUCAAUAAAGCUACAACUUAUUCACGACCAUUGACUAAUCGAACUAAUUCAGUUUCGACAAAUGGAUCAAUUGAAAGCAUCAAUCGUCAUUUUAGUAAUAAUUUGAUUGCAAAACGUUCCGCAAUUCCUGUUCAUUCAUCUUCACCACGUAACAAUUUAUCACCUUUAAAUCGAACACCCGUAAAAGCAACUAGUGCUAUAGAUAUUGAUGCACAACGGCGAGCUAGAGCUAAAGCUAAUGUUUAUACCAAUCAUCAUCUUCAUCAUAAUAAUAAUAAUAAUCAACAACAUCAACCCAUAACAACAAAAACAUUGCUUAAUUCAGUCUAUAGUUUACACCAUAAUACUAAAAAGAAUGAUAAUGUUACUGAUGGCUGCAGUAUUAACACAGCAGGUUCAGCCAUGCGAACACCGGCCCGACGAAAUCGUCAGGUAUCAAAAUCACAGCCAGGAAGUCGUUCAGCAUCGCCAUCAUCACGUCUAAAUGCAUUCUGUAGUAACUCUGGCACCGGUAGCAGCAUUCCUCAUUCUCGUUACCAAACACCAUCGUCGACGAGAACAAAAAGAACUAGUAUCACUAGUCGUGAUCAAAGUCCAGCCAGCCGUACUAAUAAUAGUAGUCAUUCACAACGAUUCGAAAGAAAGUUGAGCUCCAGCUCGACAGCUAGUCGAACGAAAAGUCAUCUUACCAGUUCCGAUCUGGAUCUAGCUCAUAACAAUAGGAUAUUACGGCCAAACGAACAUGAACAAAUGAUCGAAAAUGCUUUCCUAAUGCAUGCGACGCAUAGGAAAAAAUUCUUUGAUGAACAAUCGGAUGAAAGUGAUGCUUCCAGCAUCUGUUCUGAUACAUCGUUUGCAAAUUAUGGAGUUCGUAAAGCCGAAGACAUUGGUAAGAUAUUGGAAAAUCUUUCCAGUACCCAUUGGUCCGAUAGAAAAGAUGGUCUACUUGGUCUGAACAAUUUUCUCCGAUAUACAGAUGAAAGAUUAAAUUCUUUUCAAUUGAAACGAAUUACAGACAUUUUUACAAGAAUGUUGGUCGAUCCUCAUACUAAAGCAUUUUCAUUAUUUCUUAAUACACUGAACGAAUUGAUUCACAUAUACAAGAAUGACCUGAAUUCCUGGCUUUACAUUCUGAUGACAAGAUUGUUCCUAAAAGCUGGUAGUGAUACUUUGGGUUCCAUACAGACGCGUAUCCUUAAGACAUUUGAAUUGAUACGUGAAUCGUUCCCUAUUGACCAUCAAUUCAAUGUGAUCAUGCGAUUGUUGAGUGAUCAAACACAAACUUUAAAUACUAAAGUCAAGAUUGCCGUUUUACAAUAUCUUUCCAAGCUUAUUUUCCUGAUGGAUUCUUCAGAUUUCACUUAUGAUCGUCCCAACAAUCACGACAUUCAAACGGCAUUGGUCAAAAUUGUUUCAUGGACAGCCGAUAUAAAAAGUUCUGAUUUAAGAAAAAUUUCUCAGGAUACUAUCGUCGAUUUGUACAAUCUAAAUUCGAACGAAAUGACACUAUAUCUAAAUCAACUUCGUAAAACUUAUCAAGAUGCAGCCUUGCAGAUCAUUCAACAUAAACAUAAAACCCGUCUCAGUCAAUCACCAGCAUCGAAUGUGAUGCAAACCCCUUAUAUUAUCAAGAAUGUUGCGUCUGGUGUUCAUUCUCACAACAUUAGUGGUGAUAGAAUUUACUUUGAUUCGAAUGAUCACCUCAAUCCAGCAGAUAUUUAUGAUUCGCUGAAAAAAACUUCGGAUGAAAUUCAAAAAUAUAGCUUCAGCUUGGAUGCUGACCAAAUGACAUCAUCUACGAGUUCAUCACCGUUCGUCAAUAACGGACCUGCUAAUAGCAAUCAUAAUGGCAACAAUAGUGAAAACCAUCGACGUGUCGAUGCUAUAUCGAAUGUAUCGCUUGAUUCAGGAAUAAGUCCCAAUUCGACUUUGAAACAUGAUUCGACAUUAGCAUUCAGGUCUUUCAAAUUGUUGGAUAAUAGCUUCAAUUCUAGUAUGGUCAAUUCAUCUAAUAAUACGGCCAAUGGGUUUUCCGAUUCACCACAUUCAGUCACCAAUGGUCAUCAACACUUUGAUAGUUUUGUUGCCGAUUUCAAUGUUUCUUCAUCCGAUGAUGAAAAUUAUCAACAAAACCUUGCAUUAAUGACUCAAUUUGUAAAAGAUUCAUCACCCGAAGAAGUUGCAACAAAAUGUAAAGAUAUUUACCAAUCGUUACUAACACGACUGCAUAACGAAAAGAAUUCCCGAACUAAAACAUUGAUUAUUAUAUGCAUGGGACAAAUUUUGUUCAAAACAGCUAAAUCAUCAUUUGAUGAUUUGGUCGAAUCAACGUUACAAACAUUGAUGGAAAUCAUUUGCAAAGAUGAAGAUAAAGAAGUUGUGAAAAAUGCUGAAGCAACGGCCAAUUACGCCAUUUAUAACUUUGAUCCGAGAACAAGUUUUAAAAUUUUACAAUCAUAUAUCAAUCACGAAGAAAGUGCAUUGAGUAUCAUUGCUAUUAAAUUGUUGACUAAGUUGGUUGAGCUAAACGACAAAGAAAUCGUCUUAGAAUUAUUGCCAGAAUUAAUGCCACCAUUGCUUCAGGCUUAUGAUAACAAAGAAAGUGCCGUAAGAAAAACAGCAGUAUUCUGUAUGGUGGCGAUCUAUGGUUCGGUUGGUGAACAGAUGCAAUCAUAUUUGACCAGUUUAAGCCGUAGCAAAAUGAAGUUGUUAAAACUUUAUAUCGAUCGCUCAUUUCAGACAUCAUCCGGAAAUAAUCUUUGAUGGUCAAAAAUUUAAACGUGAUUUUCCAUGAUUAUGUAUCUAUAAACCCUCGCUUUUCAUUUUUAUUUAUUUUUGAGAACGAUGAUU